UGCUCGUUUAUUUAAACCCUACACAGAUUUCUUACGAAAUAAUAGGAAAUCGUACUUCGAAGUAAAACCCAAAAUGUUUUCAAGUAAUUUUCAAAGACUGAUGCUCGGUGCAGGAGGGCUUUUAGCCACAGGAACAUCGGUUCAAGUUGUGAAUCGUGAAAAUGGCCCAUAUACGCUCGAAAACGGACGACGCCGGCUAAACCUAGAUGGAUAUGAGCUGAAAAUGGUUCAGGUUCUGGUGAGGCACGGUGCAAGAACGCCCAUCCACACCAUCAAACACGUACCCGAGGUGGAAUACGACGCAAGACAGUUCCUUACCGAUGUACCACACACCAGCUGCAGUUAUGUUGUACGGGGAAUAGACGGGGGUGAAAGACCUUUUUCUAAAUAUGACGGGUACUACAAAAACAGAUACCUGAAGGGUGGGGCGUUACGCGGCCAGCUGACACAGUGCGGCCAAGACCAGAUGUACAUCAAGGGGAGACAACUACGAAGGGAAUAUGUCGACGAGAUGGGACUCAUCGACGCGCAAUAUAGUCCACAACAGGUCUUUGUACGCUCCACAAACAUCAACCGGACCAUACUGACAGCCCGAUGUGUGUUGGUGGGCUUGUUUGGGCGGGAAAAUCUCAACAAACUGGAAGAUCCUCUAGUCAUCCAUGUUGAGAAGAGCGAGUGUGAUCCCCUCGUACCGCGGACAGCCGUGUGUCGCACGCUACGGCAGAUAAACCAUGCGGCUAUGAUACACGGGGGAGACAUACCUGGCAUUAAGGAGGAUAGGUGGAGAGUGGAACAAUGUUUAGGUAUAACGGAGCCUGACCAUCCGAAGAAACAUAAGAUCAACUUCAUCGAUAUACGAGAUGACCUAGUCGCAAGGGAGACACACGGCCUGCACGGAGUGAAAUGUCUUGAUUCAAUGAGACGGGAAAUUGAGCUCAACGCCAGUAAAGUCAUGUACUACUCCUUCUGUGGACAGCAUGAAGCCUGGCGAGAUUUAGCCAUGCAGUUGUCUACUGGUCCUUUAGUCAAAAUGCUGACAGACAACAUUGAUAACAUGAAUGAGAACAAAACAAAGCUGUACAUUUUCUCGUGUCACGACUCCACCCUUGUUGGUUUACUCGGAACGCUGGACGUUUAUGACUUUACGUGGCCUCCAUUUGGUUCAGACGUGAGGUUUGAACUGUACGAAAAUAGACGGGGACAAAAGUUUGUACGAGUGUCUUAUAAUGGAAAGGAUGUGACAAUUCGAGGCUGCACCCAUGUGUUAUGUCCCUUGGAAGAGUUCAAGGCUGCCAUGCAGUCGUACGCAAUUGACGAGUCACAGUUUAAGAAAAUAUGUGACUCUAACAUCUUAGAGGUUAUAGCAAAAGAAAUGCUGGAACAAGAGAAAGAUGAAGAGGAAGAUGAAGAGACCUCAGAGCGAUCUGACGUGCCAGCUGGCAUGUAGAGAAACACCGGUCCUCAUCAAAGGGAACAUUUAUAGAGGGCAUUUAGAGAAAAAUAAUCCAUUAUGACACUCUUGACAGUCUGUAACAAUGUGCUGGCGACAUUUAGAUCUAUAUAAAAGCUGACAUCUAUUUUAGAGACGCCAGUUGUUUGUAGACAAGUGUCUCCAUUUAGUGAAUUUGUAGACAUAGAACUUUAGGAGCAAUAGUAAUGUGGCAGUAAUUUUGGUGCUAAAUAUCUGAGCCAGUAUUCAUAAAACAUCUUAAGUCGAUUUUCUAAUCUUAAGUCAAUUUUUCUAAUCUUAGGAUGAUUUUCUAAUCUUAAGUCAAUUUUUCUAAUCUUAGGACGAUUUUCUAAUCUUAAGUCAAUUUUUCUAAUCUUAGGAUGAUUUUCUAAUCUUAAGUCAAUUUUUCUAAUCUUAGGACGAUUUUCUAAUCUUAAGUCGAUUUCCUAAGAUUUUCGUAGUCAGAUUGAAAGAAAUUUCCAGUGACUUUGACAUUAAAGUGUGUUUAUUACAUUACAUUAAUGAACAAAGAGUAUUUUAGAUAGUAUAAAGUUAUUAUAUCAUAUCACAAGUAUGGUAUUAAAGAUACUAAACAUAGGAAAAUGACUUUAAGUUAGGAAAUGACUUAAGAUGUUUUAUGAAUACCGCCCCUGUUUAAUUUUUAGAGUACUUAUUGAAAUAUGGAAAAGAACUAUUGGACAAAUAACAUAAAGCAUGCUUGGAAGUCAUGGUCAUUGUAUAUUUAUUUUGCCGUAAUAAAAAGAUCGAAAUGGCAAACUC